UUACAGAACGUGAUUCGAGGGUAUUUAAAGGGCAAGCUUUGAAAGGCUGCUUGUUGGAAGCUCCCUGUGCAUUGAUAACCUAGGCAGAUAGAAGCUGAACAGCAGUUUAAAAAAUGGAUAACGCUUUUCAUGAUCUCUAUGAGGACAAGGUGCGACCCUACCUUGAUUUCAUUGAUUCCCUGCGAGCGCUAGGUGUGGAUCAGGACCUGCCGUUACCCACCAUCGUGGUCAUUGGAGACCAGAGUUCUGGGAAGAGCUCCGUACUUGAGGCUCUGUCUGGUGUAUCUCUACCAAGAGGUGGUGGGCUUAUGACGCGAUGUCCUCUGGAACUGAUCCUAAAAAAUGUCAAAACGGAUGAAUGGAAAGGGAUGAUCGCUUACAAGGACUAUGAGAAAAAGCUUGGAGACCCCUCUGAGGUGGAGAGAGAAAUUAAAACAGCUCAAGAUACUGUGGCUGGCAAGAAUAAUGAAAUCAGCACUGAGCGGAUCACUCUGAAGAUCGAGUCCAGAACGGCUCCAGAUUUAACCCUCAUUGACCUGCCAGGAAUAGCCAGAAUUGCAGUGGGAAGUCAGUCACAUGACAUAGAGAAGACAAUCAAGAAGUUAAUCAACUCUUACAUCAAGAAGGCAGAAACAAUAAACCUGGUGGUCAUUCCAUGCAACACUGACAUCGCUACAGCUGAAGCCUUACAAAUGGCAAGAGAAGUGGAUCCUUCAGGAGAGAGAACUCUGGCUGUGCUAACGAAACCAGACCUCAUAGACAAAGGAGCUGAAGAACAGGUGAACAAGCUGCUCCGGAAUGAGCUUGUCUUCCUGCAGAAAGGGUACUUGAUUGUCAGGUGUCGUGGACAACAGGACAUUGAUAACAAGAUGUCCUUGUCCGAAGCCCUUAAACGGGAAAUGGAGUUUUUUAAAUCCAAUAAGCAUUUCAGGCAACCGCUGGCUGAGAAGCAGGCAACUGUGCCCUGCCUGGCAGACAGACUCACGAGUGAGCUUGUCCAAAAGAUCAAGAAAUCCCUUUCUACAAUUGAAUCCCAGCUUCAGAGUAAAGUUGAGGAAACCAACCAGGAACUGGCAUCGAUGGGAGACGCACCAUCUGAUGAUUCCGAAAAAAAAAGCUUCCUGAGCAAUAAAAUAAGAAAAUUCUGCAAUGACAUCAUUGCCCUGGCAUCUGGAGAUUUUUCCCAGGAUUUUGUGAGUGAUUUGAAGCUGUUUCCCUUUAGUCGAGAGUGUUUUGAGAAGUGGCACUGCUAUCUGAAAGAGCAGGAAUCUGAUUUAGAGACUAAGGAUGACUUCCGUAACAAGGUAAAAGAUAAUGUCGAAAGCAGCUAUGGAAGACAGUUGCCAGGAUUCUUACACUACGGAGUUUUUGAAUCUUCAGCCAAAUACCUUAUCAGGAAAUUAGAGGAACCUGCUUUGGAAAUGCAGAAAGAAAUUUCAGAUAAGGUGAAGUCUGUGCUUACCGAAUUGGCUUAUAAGCACUUUGCUGAAUUGCCCAAAUUGCUGAAGGAGACAAAGGUUAUAAUUGACAAAAUCCGUCAAAUGCAAGAAGAUGAGGCCAACCAGAUGAUAAAGACGCUCUUCAGGAUGGAGUCAAUGAUUUAUACACAGGAUGCGAUUUACAGCUCCAGGGUGGAGCUGAUGGAGGACACAGAGGAAUACUCUAUGCACGAUAAUAACAAGGGUCUGAUGAGCACAGAAUCAGUGGUCUCACAUCUGACAACCCAUCUGAAAAUCUAUUACAAGAUUGCUUCCCAUCGUCUUGUGGACCUUGUGCCCAUGGCUAUCAAGUACUACCAGAUGCAGGAGUCGGUCACCAAGCUGCAGGGAGAGAUGUUCAGUAUUCUCCAGAUGAGGGACCUGGUGGAUGAGCUGGUGGAGGAGGAGGGAACUGCAGCAGAGAAGCGCCGAACUUUCAUAGAACGUCGAGAGCGUCUGAACAAAGCACGCUUGGCUUUGAUCAAAUUCUAGUCAUGGAAAAGAGAAAAAAAACAGCAGAUAUUAUUCUGCUUGGUUUAAAUGAUCUGUCUGUUUACAGCACACAUUCCAUACACUUGAGUGACUAAAUUCACAUAUCUCCUAUAUGCUGUUAGUUCACAAGGAUUAGCAGAGGAAGUGGGAGUGAGUGGUAAUGUCAUCUCAAGUUGCAUAUUCUUGAGAAGAUGGUUAAAUUAGACAACGGCACCUUCUCCAUGAUAACACAGUCAAGAUAUAUAAAAGACACUCAAGAUAAUAAACACAACAAGAACUGGCUGACAUUUUCAAGGCUACCUCAGCACAUGACAUAUGAACACAUCUCAAUUGGGGUACACACACACACACUUUCAUUUAAUUUCUGUGUGUAUGUAUGGUCAUUGAGAAACCUGAACAUUCUUUUCCUCCAUGCUUAAGUAUCUCUCACCAUGCAACAACAUGGGCAGACAUUUUUAACCAUUUUACAAUUCUCUUGUUAUAGUAAAAAUGAAUAAUAAUAAUAUAAUAAUAAUAAACUUUAUUUUAUAUAGCACCUUUAAAAGCAACAUCUCAAAGCACUUUACAAACAAACAAAACAGAAAAUAUAAACAGUCAUAAAAAUGCCUUUCUAUAAAAGUAGGUCUUUAAGCUAGAUUUAAAAGCAUUAAGAGUGCUUAAUUAUCUCUUCCCCUGUAAUCUCACACACCACCAACAACUUGUCUGUCUGGGGAAACACGAUAAGAUCUUGUUCCUUUGAAUUUCAAAGGACCCUUUGAGCUCGGGUGGAAGACCCUGGUUUUCAAGGUGCUAUUUCCCCCAUAUAGAGCAGAUUUGGGCAUAGGUGUUAAAAACAGGAUCACACCCGAUACAGUCAGGUUCCCACAGACAAGGUGUCGGGCUUUGACUGGGUGGGGGGCACUUAAACGUAACCAACACCCAGUAACAGGUCGCUUUAUCAUUGGCUAGUACCAGAGACGGGAGGGGAACCACCCUGUGUUAAGGGGUAUUUAACAUCUUGUAAAGUCGUAAGAAUUUUGAAUCUCUGUUCUGUGCUUGGGACAUGAUUACCUGCAUGCAUUAUA